AUGUUUCCACUCAUUGUCUUCUCAGGCUUUAUCACCCUGACCUUAUGUUCUGGACGUCAGUAUGUCUUUGUGAAUGAAUCCAAGACGUGGACUGAAGCUCAGAGAUACUGUAGAGAGAAAUACACUGAUCUGGCCACCACUGAAAAUGAGCAAGAGACGAUCCAGUUACUCAACAAAGUGAAUGACUACAAUACCAUUGAUCUGGCCUGGAUUGGACUUUAUGAUGAUCUGAACAGUUGGAAAUGGACUCUAGAAGACACUAAUUUCUUCAAUGUAGAAGAAAAAAUGUUCAGGAACUGGUAUAGCCCAGCACAACAGAUUUAUGGAGGAAAUAUCUGUGUGGCUACAAGGAACGGAGUAUGGCAAGCAAUAAACUGCAUAUUAAGUUAUUAUCCGAGUGUCUGCUAUGAUGGAAGGGAAAACGCAGAAGCUACUUAUGUUUUCUAUCCCUCGUACACAACUUGGAAAGAUGCUCAGAGUUAUUGCAGAGAGCAUCACACAGACCUUGUCAGUAUCAGGAAUGAAAAUGAAAACCAGAACGUACAAUAUUUAUUAAAGAAAUACAAUUCUGUAUAUACUUGGAUUGGUCUGCAUGGAAGCAGAUCUUGGUCAGAUCAGAGCAGUUCUUCAUUUACCUUCUGGAACACAGGAGAGCCAAAUUAUGUUGGAUCAUGUACUGCAGUGUCAUUUAGUGACUCAGGGAAUUGGACGGAUGAAAACUGUGAUAAUGAAUUUCCUUUCUUUUGCUACAAUGAACUCACCUCAUUGCGUCAGUAUCACUUUAUAUCUGUGUCUAUGAGCUGGUCUGAAGCUCAGAGAUACUGCAGAGAGAAUUACACUGAUCUGGCCACCAUUGAUAACAUGGAUGAAAUGAACAGUUUGAUGAACACAGUUGAGGAAAGUUUCAAUGGAUCAGCGUGGAUUGGCCUGUAUGAUGAUGUGAACAACUGGAGAUGGUCACUGGAAGACAAUGAUUUCUAUCAGGAAGGAGAGAGAGAAUUCAGAAGCUGGUAUCACGAACCGGACAACAAUGGAGGAAAUGAGCUGUGUGUUUAUAUGGAUCAUUAUGGGAAGUGGUUAGAUAUGUCUUGUGAAUAUUCACUUCCCUUUGCUUGUUAUGAUGGUAGUGAAAGUGCCACAGAGAGUUACAUUGGAAUUACUGAAGGAAAAAACUGGACAGAUGCUCAUAGAUACUGCAGAGAACAUUACACAGAUCUUGCCAAUGUGAGAAACAUGACUGAGAAUCAGAAGAUCCUUGAGAGUACAGGUGGUGGUUCAGUCUGGAUCGGUCUGUACAGAAACAGGAUUUGGUCAGACAAUCGGACUUCCAGUUAUCUAAACUGGAGACCACAGACUUUUGAUUUUCAGAGGCAACCAGAUAAUGGUUAUCAUAUUUUGGGAAAAUGGGGUUAUGAACGUUGUAUUGCUGUAUCAUUCAGAUAUUCAGGCAGAUGGACUGAUGAGACCUGCUUAACCAACAUGCCCUUCUUCUGCUACAGCAGAACGUGCACACAAUCUUCAUGCAGUCCCCAUCAGUAUCACUUUAUAUCUGAGUCUAAGAGCUGGUCUGAAGCUCAGAGAUACUGCAGAGAGAAUUACAUUGAUCUGGCCACCAUUGAUAACAUGGAUGAAAUGAACAGUCUCAUUAAAACAGUAGAGGGGAUUUACUAUGGUACAUCGUGGAUCGGACUGUAUGAUGAUCUAAACAACUGGAGAUGGUCACUGGGAAACACGGAGUUAGAAGGAGGUUUUAAAAGCUGGAAUGUCGAGCAACCAGGAAACCCGAAUGGACAGAGUAUGUGUAUGUACAUGUCAUACUCAAUGGGAUUUUGGACAGCACUGUCUUGCAGUGCUCGGCUUGCCUUUGUUUGCUAUGAUGGAAGACAGAAUGCCAGUGCAAGUUACGUGUUUGUUCCCGACAACAAAAACUGGACUGAAUCUCAGAGCUACUGCAGAGAGCAUCACACAGACCUUGUCAGUAUCAGGAAUGACAUUGAAAACUUCAGGGUUCUUUCAUUAGUUCCUUAUGGUUCUGUUAUUUGGAUUGGUCUGUACAGAACCAGAUCUUGGUCUGAUGAGAGUAACUCUACAUUUAGUAACUGGAUGUCAGGACAGCCAGAUAAUGCUGGAGGCAUUGAAUACUGCACUGCUGUAUCAUUUACUGACUCUGGGGAAUGGACCGAUGAAAACUGUGAUUAUCAGUUUCCUUUCCUUUGCUACAGUGAAUUAGCAACAUCCCGUCAGUAUCACUUUAUAUCUGAGUCUAUGAGCUGGACUGAAGCUCAGAGAUACUGCAGAGAGAAUUACACUGAUCUGGCCACCAUUGAUAACAUAGAUGAAAUGAACAGUUUGAUGGACACAGUUAAUGGGAGUUACAGUGGAUCAGCGUGGAUUGGACUGUAUGAUGAUCUGAACAGCUGGAGAUGGUCACUGGAAAACAAUGAUUUCUAUCAGGAAGGAGAGAAAGACUUCAGAAAUUGGUUUCAUGAACCAAACAACUAUGUAGGGGAUGAGCUGUGUGUUGUUAUAACUGAUGCAAACUGGGCUGAUUAUUCAUGUGACACUUAUCAUCCAUUUGUUUGUUACGAUGGUAGUGAAAAUGCCUCUCAGAGAUACGUUGUGGUAUAUGAGGGAAGGACCUGGAGUGAAGCUCAGAAAUACUGCAGAGAGUUUUACACAGAUCUGGCCAGCGUGAGAAGUGAAACAGAGCGUCAAGAGAUACUGAAUAUUAAAUAUCCAUAUUAUUAUGCAUGGAUUGGUCUGCACAGAACCAGACCGUGGUCAGAUCAGAGCAACUCUUCCUUUACAUACUGGCUGCCGUACACUUCAUAUGGUUAUGCACAACCAGAUAAUGGUUUAUAUGUCCCAGGACUGUCAGGAGGUCAACACUGCACUGCUGUGUCUUUACAAUCUUUUGGCCAGUGGACAGAUGAGAGCUGCCUUGACAGUUUGCCGUUCUUCUGUUACAGUGAUGAGUAUGGUAUGUUUUGUGUACAUGGGGCUGCAAAUAAUUGUUCAAUCAAUGCAGCAAGUUUUUACUGA